AUGGUGCCAAAUAGUAUUCUGUGGUUGCUGAGUUUUCCAGAAGCCGGAAAACCAAAUGUGUUGAGAUAUGUUCAGAGCUUAGGGUUGUCACCCAGUCGUGUGAUAUUUUCCAAAAUAGCAUGUAAGGAAGAGCAUGUAAGAAGAGGUCAGCUAGCCGAUGUUUUUUUAGACACACCUUUAUGUAAUGGACACACAACUGCAAUGGAUAUCCUUUGGGCGGGAACACCUGUAGUAACAUUGCCAGGUGCUACAUUAGCGUCAAGAGUUGCUGCAUCCCUUUUGAAUAGUCUAGACUGUCGGGAACUUAUUGCUAAGGAUAGUAAAAGUUAUGUGGAAAUAGCUGUCAAGUUGGGUAUUGACAAUCAAUACCGAAGAUACAUUCAAUCAAAGGUUGCGGAGGCUCGUUUAAGUAGUCCAUUAUUUGACUGUAAACAUUUUACGAGUGGGUUGGAGUCAUUAUAUAGAAAAAUGUGGGAACUAUACAAGAGUGGAAGUAGUCCAGAGCAUAUUAUAGCAUUCCAA